UACGACUUCAUCGCCAAGAUCGUGAGCUUGGGAGACAGCGGCAGCGGGAAAUCAAGUCUGACGAUCCGCCUGUGCGAAGGUCGUUUCGUAAGCCACCACGAUGUCACCAUCGGCGUCGAAUUCGGCUCCAGAAUCGUGCCCGUAGGACCUCCCGCUUCCCUCCAACGAGGAUACACAAUCAACAAUCCAGCCUCCACAUCGACAGCAGCAGCACCACCUCCCGCCAGUAGUUCCAAGUCAAAAGGCCAGCCCAAGGAACCUGUACAGAAGCAUAUGAAGCUGAGUUUAUGGGAUACCGCGGGUCAGGAAACUUACAAGUCGAUCACGAGAUCGUACUUUCGAGGCGCGAGUGGCGCGUUGUUGGUUUUCGAUAUCACGAGACGGAGUACGUUCGCGUCGGUCACGUCGUGGCUGCAUGAUCUACGGCAGAUCGCAGAGGAUGAUAUCGUGGUUGUUCUGGUGGGGAAUAAGUCGGAUCUCGCCCAUGCUUCCACCGUUUCCGGGGGCAGCAAUGCGCCCAAUCAGAGACAGGUGACGAGGGAAGAGGCUGAAGAGUGGUGUAAGGAUAAUAAGGUCAUGGAGUAUGUGGAGACUUCGGCUAAGAGUGGGGAGAAUGUCGAGAGGGCGUUUGUCGAGGUUGCAGAGAGGAUUUAUCAGAAUAUUGAGGCCGGCAAGUAUGAUUUGAAUGAUCGGAGAAGUGGGGUUAAAGGACCUGGGGCGGGAGGUGGU